UGAGCUGUGAAUCGCUUGUAGAAGUGCGUCGUAGAGAAGAUAAUUUUGUGUUCUUAAAAACCUCUUAGAAUAUCACGAGUUCUUAUCUUAUAGAAGAAUUAUUAAGAAAUCUGUGAUACUCCAUUUUAGUUUGGAUUAAAUUGGUAAUUGCCCGUAGACUUCGUGGUCUCUUACAGUUGAUCAAAGUUUGAGGACACUCUUCACGACAACACUGCACUCCAGUGAGGAGACUGAGAUUCUCCUCCAUGGAGUCAGCUCAGACACGAUGACCCAGAUACUGGAUUAUAUUUAUUUUCGCGAGGUGGACAUCCGCUCCGACAAAGUGCGUCAGCUUUUCGUAGCGGCUGAGUACUUGUGUAUACCAGGCUUUGCUGAACAAUACUGCGACUUCCUUAAGGACGCGAUGGACGUCGAGAACUGUAUCGGCAUCAUGCAUUUUGCAAGGUUACACUUCCGCGCCGACCUUGAGACUCGCGCUCGCCGCUUCGUUCUGCUUAACUUCGUGGAAGUGUCUCAGAAGAGCGAAGAACUGCUGGAACUGACUCUAGAGGAGCUGCAAGCGAUAAUCGGGACCGAGGAACUGAACGUGAAGGACGAGAAAGUUGUGUGGGAGUGCAUUCUCCGGUGGAUCAACCACGACCCGGACAACAGGAAAGGACACAUCGCGGACCUUUUGAAGGGCGUCAGACUGCGACCACUUGCAAAAUUUUUAAAGGAGAUGGUCGAGACAUACAAAAGAGGUGGCAGACCUUAAGAUCAGGUUUUAGCAGAGAGCUUCGCGCCCAGAAACAGACCAAGUCCGGCCAAUCAGCAUCGAAGAGGAGGAAAUACAUGUAUUUUGAAAAAUUGUUAUUUUUACUUCCCACAAUGGAAUCUAAGUCAACGGAAACAAAUGUAAUAUCAGAUGACGAUGGCGAUAAAGAAGAGGGAAUCGACCACGUAAACGAGGCUGAAAACAGAGCACAAUCUUCCAGGGAAGAAACAAGGAACAAGCAGCAGCCUUUCGAGGAAUCUUUACUCAACAAUUUGAGUUCAAGAAAUACCGACGACGAAGACGUCCACUUCGCACUUUCCUUAGUUCCUUCGCU